ACCUCACAGCCACACUCAAAUUAGAAGAAGAUGGCUUGCACCGUAGAUUUCCGGUGCCUAGACGAAGGAUUCGGCGGCAAGACCUACAAACGCAAGCGCGAAUCUCAGGAACAAGCCGCCGCCGAAGCAAUCGGCGAUGAAGCGUCGAUGGACAUCGAUCAGGUUGGUCCUCCUUCAGCGAAACGCAGCGCCGUCGCUUCUUCAGAAGAUCCAAACAAACCCAUGGCUGUGGCGGUUGAGAAACCGAAGUACGACGGCGUAAUCGCCGGGAAAGUCUCCGGACGGAAUUGGAAACAGCCGCGAACUCAUAGAUCUUCAGGGAGGUUUGUGAGAAACAAGGGACCGGAUCUGGAGGAGAUGAAGAGGCAGAAGGAGAUUAAGAGAGCGUAUAAGGAGAGGAUGAAUGAGCUAAAGGAGGAGAUAAGGAGUAACAAGGUGGAGAAGAGGAAGAAGAAGGAAGAGAGGGAGAAGAGGAAGAAGGAGAAUGUUCUGAGAACUGGUACCAAGUUGCAGAUUAUUUCAAACCCCAAGACUUUGAAGAAGAUUGCCAAAUCUAAGAAGAGGAAGCAGCUUAAGAAUGUUCCUGAGGAAAUGUUGAGUCUUGGUAACAAGAAGAGUAUCAAAACUUAGUCAAUUUUGUUAAGGCAAGUUUCAUGUUUUUUUUGUAUUUUCUCGUGAGGUUUUGUGUUCAAUGUUGAUGGUUAACAAUCUGCAGCUAAGAACUAAAUGCUGUAGAAUUUUAAUAGUGAGAAACAAUCUUUUGCUUCAACAACAGUUUAAAAACCUAUCCUUUUGUUUUGCAGUUAUAUAUAUAUCACUCCUUUGAGAUA